AUGCACCUCCAACUCGGUUUCGAGCACGUGCUAUUCAACAUCUCGGCAAUCAGCAUUGCCCUUGAUGUGCUCACCUAUUUUCGGUUGAAAUUGAGCGCGAUAUCCACGCACAUCGUCCAGGUGCUACCCACAGUCUUGCUGCAAAAGGACAGAUUCGGUGGCUUCCGUUGGGCUUUAUCACAUUUUGUGACCAUCUACAAUUAUCAUUGGCACACCGUGCAUGCCGUUUCGCAGCUUUUCAUGUCACUAAUCGUCAUUUUUCUCAUGCGCCCAACCGCCGAUGAGAAGCGAGCACAGUACCCGCAAAAGAGCAGGGUUCAA